GUGGGAUCAGUCACAGAGAAGCACUGAACACACAACAAGUUUGAGCUGCAUUGACUGAGAGCCACUGCCAGCUUAACAAAACGUGGGAGGUGAAAACAGCGAGGAGAGGAAAGAGUCUGCAAGAAGAGGAAGUUUUUCAAAACAUUACAUUUUUGAACAAGUGUUUGAAUUUGUGGUAUUUUGCAAAGAGAAGACAAAGGCAGUGUUUGUUUUCUUUUGCUUUGCUAACAAAUCUGAAAAAGCAGCAUGUCUCUGGAGGUGAAGGAGAAGACUCAGGUGCGUCUGGUGUUUCUUGGAGCGGCAGGCGUGGGCAAGACGGCGCUGAUCCAACGCUUCCUGCUGGACAAAUUUGAGCCCAAACACCGGCGCACGGUGGAGGAGAUGCACAGCAAGGAGUACGACAUCGGAGGGGUCAAGAUCACGGUGGAGAUCCUGGACACGAGCGGCAGCUACUCCUUCCCCGCCAUGCGGAAGCUCUCCAUCCAGAACAGCGACGCCUUCGCCCUGGUGUACGCCGUGGACGACCCCGAGUCCCUGGAGGCGGUGAAGAGCCUCAGGGACGAGAUCCUGGAGAUCAAGGAGGACAAGUACACGCCCAUCGUGGUGGUGGGGAACAAGGCGGACCGGGAGCAGGAGCGCCAGGUGUCCAACGAGGACGUGCUGUCCACGGUGGAGAUGGACUGGAACAACAGUUACCUGGAGGCGUCGGCUAAAGAGAACGAGAACGUGGUGGAGGUGUUCAAGGAGCUCCUGCAGCAGGCAAACCUCCCGAGCCGCCUCAGCCCGGCGCUGCGCAGACGCAGGGAGACGUUCCCCAAAGACAUCAACUUCAGACCGCCCAUGAACAAGACCAACAGCUGCAUCCUGUCGUAAAGGGAGACCGAGGAGGAGGAGGAGGAGGAAGAGUUUUUUCUGUUUCACAAGAUGAGAGGACGGAGGGUCAUGUUGUGAUAAAUGCAAAAACCCUGACUGUUUUAUUUUGAAGGCGAGAAGUGAAGAGCUGCUGGAGCCAGAUUCAAGAGCGUGGACUGACAAAGACGUCAGGUUAGAAAUGUGAGAGACGGAGGAGGAGGACGAGGAGGAGGAAGGCUGGACUUUAACAGAGAGCCGGUCAAAAAUAGUGUGAAGAAGAAUUCACCACUCCGUUGUUUACUCCACCUCAUGUCGUUGCUGCUUUUAUUUUGGUGACGAGCUGCUUGUGUUUUUGGAUCGAUGUGUAAAAUUAUGAAUUUUCAGAUUUAAAAAAAAAAAAAAGUUCAAUAGACUGUUUUUUUUCUGACACACACGUGCGUGUAUCUGUGUGUCGUGGUUUGUGUGUCUUUCACGUCUUUUAACGAUCAGCUGUAGCACAUGGAAAAUGUUUACAACGUUUUUAUAAACGAGUCGAAUUUGCCCC